AUUCGUGCACUGCUCCCUAGAGGAAGUGAUCACACACACCGAGUCAAGUUUGGUUGAUCUCCGGCAUGUUCACUAAAGCCGUUGCGUCUGUCUAGUGAGUCGCAGAGAUGUUUGUGCUCGUGCUAACGGUAUGGAGAGGAAAGCUGGACGACGGAUUUUAACAGGAGAAGAAUCUCAUCACUUCCGGGUGUAACAUUGUAGCGCGGGAUAGCAGCUGCACUCCUGAAGGUUGAGCCUGUCUGUGUGUAACAUCAUUCAGAGGACGUCGCAAUGGACUCAUUUGGAAGGCAGGAGUUUCUUCAGGCUCUAGUAGAGGGCUGCAUGCUGCCCAUUGCCCAGCAGGGUGUGGAGCAGGUUUGGCAGCUCCUGCUGGUGUGUCUUCUGUGUCGAGUCAUCUGUAGACUAGGUGUGUCAUGUCAUGUGAAGCAUGUUAGUGUGCUGGCAGGUGGCCUGUACGUGUUGUACGUGUUCUUUGAGUUACACAUGAUGUGGGUGAUAAUACUGAGCCUCCUGUGCUACCUCAUCCUGCUCCUCAGCAUUACCUCCAGAAGCAAAGGCGUCUUCCUGUCUCUCGUCAUCCUCGUCUACAUGCUCAUGGGCGAGUUACACAUGAUUGAUGCAGCAACCUGGCAUAAGAUGAGAGGCUCUCAGAUGGUGGUUGCCAUGAAGGCCAUAUCAUUGGCUUUUGACCUCGAUCGAGGUGCUGUGUCCUCUUUUCCCUCGCCGUUGGAGUUCAUGGGAUACCUCUGCUUUGCCGGAACCGUCAUCUUUGGCCCGUGGAUUAGUUUUUCCAGUUAUUUAGAUGCAAUUAAUGGCCGAAAAAUGACUGUUGCCUGGUUUGGGAAGAUUGUUCUGAGCUUUUUAAAGAGUCAAAUUUGCCUAGUUAUUUCAAACUGUAUUGCCCCUUAUCUCUUCCCAUACUUCAUUCCCAUCUAUGGUGAUGGACUGCCUCGUAGGUGGCUUCGUGCAUAUGAAAUUGCAGUGUCCUUCCACUUCAGUAAUUAUUUUGUCAGCUAUUUAAGUGAAACAACCACAGUGAUGGCCGGAGCUGGAUUCUCUGAGCAGAAAGACAACCUCAAAUGGGAUAUUACAGUAGCUAAACCUCUGAACGUGGAAUUGCCGAGGUCCAUGGUCGAAGUUGUCACUUCUUGGAAUCUACCCAUGUCUAAAUGGCUAAACGCAUAUGUCUUUAAAAGUGCACUCAAACUUGGCACUUUUCCUGCCAUCUUGGUGACCUACACAGCCAGUGCACUGUUACAUGGUCUCAGCUUCCAUCUGGGGGCAGUGCUGCUAUCUUUGGGAUUUAUCACAUAUGUUGAACAUGCACUGAGAAAGCGGUUGGCUGUGAUUUUCAAGGCAUGUAUACUGUCAAAGCGCUGUCCAAGUGACUGCCCUCACCCAAAUAAGAAGACUGUGUGGGUGUAUGGUGUUAACCUGCUCUUCAGUGCUUUAUCAAUAUUCCACCUCAUGUACCUUGGCUCACUGUUUGACUCUGAAAUGGACAACAUGAAUGCUGAGGAGGGUUAUAUGGCCAGUCACACUAUUCAGAAAUGGUCAGAGCUAAACUGGGCCAGUCAUUGGGUGAUGUUUGGCUGUUUUGUGUUUUACUGGCUCAUUUAAAGCAUACCAUAGUAUUCAGAAAUCAAAGGACCACUGUCAAUGAACUAGCGGAAGAUGUGGGAGCAUUUAGCUGCUAAGAUACCUUGGACUACAGCCAGAGCAACUUCAUCCACCCUUCUAUCCUUUUCCUGGACAAGAAAAAGUGCCUUUUUGAAAAUCAAGUUGUUACGGGAAUCACGUUGUCAUAUGAACACUUGUUCUUUUAAUAUUUGUAAGUACGCAAAAUGAUCAUGAAAGUGUAUUAAUAUGCAAACUAUAUAUCAUAGCAUCCUUUUGUUGUCAUUUUGUCUGACCUUAGAAUUAGUAGAUUGAUUUAGUGUUACAUUGUCAUUUAAUAGCAUAUGUCUUGGGCCUGAUAUGUAUGUCUUUUCAAAUAAAAUGAAUUUUCAUGA